CUCUCCGGCCUGCGGGCCGCAGGGCUCGUUCCGGAGGGCGGGCGCCACGGAGGCUCGAGUGGUCGCAGUUCGGGCGGAGGCCGGGCCAGGCGGGGCUGCAGGGCUGGGGCAGGCGGCGGGCUGCCCGGCGGGACAGCUGCGGCAGCCGGCGGGGGGCGUCCUGAGUUGGCGGUCGGGGGCGCUGCCAGCUCCCGAGGGGCCGCUCGGGCCCCUUCCGGCCCGGGUCUGGUUGGGCCGCAGGAGCAGGGCGGGCUGCGGCGCCCGGGUCUGGCCCUGGCCUACGGGCUAAGCGCCCGGCCCCAGGGCUGCGGGUCCGGCAGCCAUGUGUGGAUCUUGAAGCGCCAUGUGGUCUUCUGAAGCGCUUUGACAGUUCUAAAGGGCUUUAUGUUGCAAACUGAUCAAAGCGCUUCGUAGCCCCGGAAGCGCUUAGGCAUCUCCGAAGUAGCGCUGGCCAAAGUGAAGGCUUCCUGAUCUCAGAAGCGCGUUGUGAGCUUGGAAACCAACGGCAGCCUUUAGUCAAUUUUGGAUCGCUUUGACUUCUCCAACACGGUUUGGCAUCUCUGAAACCUUGAGAACUGUGAUGGGCAGUGGAAAGAAGAGGGAAAGGUGCCCAUGGCGUCCGAGCGGGGCAAGGUCAAGCACAACUGGAGCAGCACGUCGGAAGGGUGUCCCCGCAAGCGCAGCUGCCUCCGGGAGCCCUGUGAUGUGGCCCCCUCCAGCCGGCCAGCUCAGAGGUCUGCGUCGCGUUCUGGAGGGCCCAGCAGCCCCAAGCGCCUGAAAGCCCAGAAGGAGGACGAUGUGGCUUGCUCGCGGAGGUUAUCCUGGGGCUCAUCCCGCCGCAGAAAUAACUCCUCCUCCUCCUUCUCCCCCCAUUUCUUGGGCCCUGGUGUGGGCGGGGCCGCCUCCAAAGGCUGCCUGAUUCGGAACACUCGGGGGUUCCUGUCUUCAGGGGGAUCCCCUCUGCGUCCUGCCAACGCCUCUUUGGAAGAAAUGGCUUCUCUAGAGGAGGAAGCCUGCAGCCUUAAGGUUGAUUCCAAAGAUAGUUCUCAUAACUCCACAAACUCUGAAUUUGCAGCUGAAGCUGAGGGUCAGAAUGAUACAAUUGAGGAACCCAACAAGGUCCAGAAAAGGAAGAGGGAUAGACUUCGAGACCAGGGCUCCACAAUGAUCUACCUGAAGGCUAUCCAGGGCAUCCUGGGGAAAUCGAUGCCAAAAAGGAAGGGAGAGGCUGCCACUCGGGCAAAACCAAGCGCAGCAGAGCGUCCCAGCCGUGGAGAAGGACCAGCCAGGAGUGAAGGACCAGGCAAGACUGCAGAAGGAGCAGCCAGGAGUGUCACAGUCACUGCUGCUCAGAAGGAGAAAGAUUCAACCCCAGAGAUCAGCGUGGAGGAGGAUAAGACAGUGCCAGAGAGGAGCAGCUUCUACGACAGGAGAGUAGUUAUAGACCCUCAAGAGAAACCCAGUGAGGAGCCCCUUGGGGACCGAAGGACCGUCAUUGACAAAUGCUCUCCACCCCUAGAGUUCUUGGAUGACUCUGACUCUCAUUUAGGAAUCCAAAAGCAUAAAGAUAGGGAGGUGGUGAUGGAGCACCCCUCUUCUGGAAGUGACUGGUCUGAUGUUGAGGAGAUCUCCACAGUCAGAUUCUCUCAGGAGGAACCUGUCUCCCUGAAACCUUCAGCCGUUCCGGAGCCUUCUUCCUUCACCACCGACUAUGUCAUGUACCCUCCUCAUUUGUACAGUAGUCCUUGGUGUGACUACGCCAGCUAUUGGACCAGCAGCCCCAAGCCUUCUAGCUACCCCUCCACAGGCAGCAGCAGCAACGAUGCAGCCCAGGUUGGGAGGAGCAGCCGGAGCCGCAUGAGUGAUUAUUCCCCCAACUCUACAGGGAGUGUCCAAAACACCUCCAGAGACAUGGAGGCCUCAGAGGAAGGCUGGUCCCAGAAUUCUCGUUCAUUUCGCUUCUCCAGAAGCUCAGAAGAAAGAGAGGUGAAGGAGAAAAGAACAUUCCAAGAGGAGAUGCCUCCACGUCCUUGUGGAGGACACGCAUCCAGCUCCCUGCCAAAGAGCCACCUGGAGCCAAGCCUAGAGGAGGGCUUCAUUGACACUCAUUGUCACCUGGACAUGCUCUAUUCCAAGCUAUCUUUCCAAGGGACCUUUACAAAGUUCAGAAAAAUUUACAGCAGCUCCUUCCCUAAGGAAUUUCAGGGCUGCAUCUCUGACUUCUGUGAUCCCCGCACCCUGACAGAUUGCCUAUGGGAGGAGCUGUUGAAAGAGGAUCUGGUCUGGGGGGCCUUUGGCUGUCACCCUCAUUUUGCACGUUACUACAGUGAGAGUCAAGAAAGAAAUCUUUUGCAAGCCUUAAGGCACCCUAAGGCUGUGGCAUUUGGAGAAAUGGGCUUGGAUUACUCUUACAAGUGCACCACGCCUGUCCCAGAACAGCACAAGGUAUUUGAGAGACAGCUGCAGCUGGCUGUGUCUCUAAAGAAGCCCUUGGUGAUCCACUGCCGAGAAGCUGAUGAAGAUCUGCUAGAAAUCAUGAAAAAGUUUGUGCCCCCUGACUACAAGAUCCAUAGGCAUUGCUUCACCGGCAGCUACCCGGUCAUCGAGCCCCUGCUGAAGUACUUUCCCAACAUGUCUGUGGGCUUCACGGCAGUGCUGACAUACUCCUCCGCCUGGGAGGCCCGGGAAGCCUUGAGGCAGAUCCCACUGGAGAGAAUCAUCGUGGAAACAGAUGCUCCCUAUUUCCUCCCUCGUCAGGUUCCCAAAAGCCUUUGCCAGUAUGCCCACCCGGGCCUGGCCUUGCAUACGGUCCGAGAGAUUGCCAGAGUCAAAGAUCAGCCACUCUCCCUCACCUUGGCUGCCUUGCGUGAGAACACCAGUCGCCUCUAUAGUCUUUAAGCAGAGAAGGUACAGUCCUCGGGAGUCUCCUAGAAAAGGUCGUAAAACUCAUUCUGUAUUUUUUAAAAACCAGGACAAGUCUUUUGUUGCAUUUUGUUAAUGUAAAGAAUAUAAACAUAGUAUGAGCAUUAAGCCUGAUUUGUUUUGAGUGACAUGGUUUGGAACCUUCUUCCUUUUCUCUUCCACCCUCCAGGGCGACCAGCAGCCUGACAGAACACAGGCUGGCUUGAAGUCUGUGUCUCAGGUCGAGGAUGUGUUUAGAGAGCUGAUUGGAACACAGAAAACCAGGACAGGAUGUUUUCCUCCAAGCGGGUCAUAAGGCUUCAGCUUCUGGGUGGUGGGUGGGGUGGGGUGGGCAUGGAAUGAGGGGUAUGGGGACUGCCUGUAAUAGCACUGGGAUUUUGCCUCCCAGCCAAAAUGCUCCAGGGUAGGCAGCAAAGAAGAAAGAGUGUGAUAUGAGGGUACAGUGAGUUUGGCAGUCCAAAUUCUGUUCUCUGCAGCCUGUGUUUUUGAGUAGUUUGUGAAUAAAGUCACCCGCCUACUUGUCUAAGCACAUGUGGGUGUGUAACUCAGUUCCUGGUUCUCGGUUCUAAAAACAGACUUCCAACUGGGAAACUUUUUGGGGGAAAUUAACUGGAGACCUAUCUCGGAGGUUUAUUUUCUUGCAACCAGUGAAGUCGUCCUCCUUCCUUCCCUGGAUAACUCUUCAGUUUGACUGUCACUCUUCUGGUGUCAACUCCAGCGUCGGCACAGGCAGAAGGACUUCAGCUGCUGGUCUCAUUGGUUCCACUGCCAUUGAUAUGGGGGGGGGUGCAGAGGAGCACUCAUUGUCCAUGAUGGAGAUCCAGGACAGACUGGGGGACUCCAGGAAGAGGCUUUCUUGGGGAAGAGGACCCCAAAGGAGGUACUUCCUACUCACUGAUGCCCUCAGGGCUGCUGUGUGGGUGUGUUAAGCUGAUAAGGUUCAGUUUGCAGCAGAAACUACCUGCUAGUCUUGUGUCAGGGGUUGCCAGCCUCCUUUUGUUUCACUUUUGCCCCCUUCUUGGGAACAUUUGACCAAAAAUAAUCCUCAUUUCAUCUUGUGUACAGUCCCUUGUGUGCCCCGCCCAGGUUGAGAGGUGAAUCAACGUAAUUCUUCGAAGCUCUGCUGGGCAGCUCAGCCAUGUUAUAUUGUCUAUGCAGAAUAAGCAGGUCUGGUGUCCGCAAAUGUACCAGUCCUUCUCCCGCAUCUCCUGGGUGCCCCCUUGGCUUUGCCUCUCCUGUGUCCUGUCUUUCUGUGUUUUAGAAGUGAGAGCCUCUCCUUCACCUUUUGAGCAACUGAGUCAUCUCAAGUCCUGAGCUCUGCUCUGCCGCCUGCUGGUGCCUUGUAAAGGUAUAUUCGUUACAGGCCCUAGAGGUUCCAAUGGUCCAGGGUUAAGUGAGAGGAGACUGUACUUUGUUUCAAAGGAUCCUUCACCCUGAUCUGCAAUGAGGCGGAUAGGUCACCUGGAGUCCCUCGUCUAUGUUCUUGGAGGCUUAAAUUGUAAAAUACAUCCCUUAUGGAAUCCUAAAUUCCUCUAGGUGUUUUUGGAAGGCGCAUUUGAGCCUUGUGAGCUAAAAUGGAAUGGAUUUAAUAUUUCCUAUCUGGUAUUUCCAUCUUGCCCCUGGUACACAAGUCACUGGCCUGGAACUCAGCCUUGAUUCACUGUCUGUCUUCAUGGAUCAGCUGUGCUGUUAUGUUGUCUGUGCUGCAGAUUGGCCCAUGUGGGAAGUCGGGGGGGACCUGAUUUCCUGCUUGGAAGACUUGGGGGACUGCCGAGCAUAUCAAAGUGUUUAUAGUCACCAAGUGAACUGCAGCACAACCAUCUCUUCUCCAGCAAGCCCUGAAGUCAGUAGUGCCUGCAGGUGAAACCAACCAGCCCUGUGUUAGAGGAGGAAAAGCGGAGAUGACAUGGAAGUCUCCAAGCCUGUGCCAUCCACCUGCCAAGGAAAAGCACAAGGUGCUAUCUACUUUUCUCUCUAGGAUUUAGAUUAUCAUUUAUGUGCUGUUGCACAGUGAAACCUCACCUGUGUGGGUGUGAAAGCUGAUUGGCAUUGUUUUUGAUUCAGCUUUUUGGAUGGCUGAUUGUUUUCACUGUGCUGUGGGAAUGCCUUUGUACUUUUUCCCCUCUUUGGCCAUCUUUUUCUGAAAAUAAAGUGAUGGAUCCUCUAGCCAA